AUGGUGAUGCUGUCCCUCCUCGCCGUCUUGUGUCUUUCGUUUUGCCCUAUCGAUGGCCUGUUCUGGAUUGGGGUCGCCCAUGAAGAUGUUAAAGAGAAUUGCUUCCGCGGAAGCAAAAUAUCUCGAGAUUCACAAGUGCCACACUGGGAUAGGCGCUCACCAGGAUACACGACAUCCUUUCCCUUCGUUCUCCCUUGUAAUGAGCCAGUCUUCGACGAGCAACAUGAGGUUGCCCAGCUACAGGACUUUUACUUGCUUCGCUUCCACCCUUACCCGAGGGUAAAGCCGAGCCAACGUGAGAGCCUGAUGAACACUGUAGAUGAUCGCCUCAGCAAUCAGUACGAUGUUGUUGAUGAAGACAACAGUGCUAGACCGGUGAUUCUUGACUUCUCUGAUGUCCAUGAGGAGCAGCAUCCUAAUGUUGAGAACCUGCAGGAAGCUGUCGAAGUUGCCGAGGCCGGCGUCAAACCUCGCGUCAGGCGCCUCAGCUUGACCACUUUGAUCAUUGUACGUUUGCUAGCCUUGCUUUGUCAUUGAUGGCGUCCAUUCUCUCACGCGUUACGCCGGCAGGACCUUGCAUUGCUAGUGGCCAGAAAGCUGGCUUUGAAAGCCAGGUAGUUGGCCUUCAAAACUAGGUAGUGGCCAUAGCAGCACAGACGCCAGUAUUCGAUAUUGAGAAAAACCAGGCGGCGAU